GUUCAUCCCGAGACGGACAAGAUGGCGAAGUGAGUGGGUUGCGCUUUGAAGAGAAAGCAGCGACUCACAAAAAUUCUUCAACGUUAAAACGUCGGUUGCCUUGAUGUUCGUUCAAAUAAGCGGGAAAACGCAUCUUUAAGAAGAAAAAUCGCCCCUCAGAGCGAGGUGAAUCGAAGAGAGCGUCGAGGACAUCGACUCCUCCGUGUCCUUUCAGGCUAAGCUGCUAGUCAGCUAUUCGGGGAAUUGCUCAAGAGAAAAAACAGCCUCAACCUCAGGGGAAAUAGUCUUGUUUUUUUUUUUUACUUAAAUGUCGAGGCAGCAAAACUUAUAUUGAAACCGAUGUCCGUUAUCAUCUUCAUUUCGUCGUUGUGAGUUAAGGACACAGCUAGUAAGGAAGAGCCGUUUUUAGGCUAGCUAGCAUUGUUUCUACUGGACUGAAGAAGAGAGCUGCCUGAAAACCUCGCCCGUUUACACAGUUUCAGUGUACUUCUCGGAUUUUAGGACAUGGCCAGCAGCAGUGGCUCUAAAGCCGAGUUUAUAGUCGGUGGGAAAUACAAGCUCGUUCGUAAAAUCGGAUCUGGAUCCUUCGGUGACAUUUAUUUGGCAAUCAACAUCACAAAUGGAGAGGAGGUAGCUGUGAAAUUGGAAUCACAGAAAGCCAGACAUCCUCAACUCCUAUAUGAAAGCAAAUUGUACAAAAUUCUCCAGGGAGGAGUCGGGAUCCCACACAUCAGGUGGUAUGGCCAAGAAAAGGACUAUAAUGUCCUAGUCAUGGACCUGCUCGGCCCAAGUCUGGAAGAUCUCUUUAACUUCUGUUCGCGCAGAUUCACAAUGAAAACUGUCCUAAUGCUUGCAGAUCAGAUGAUCAGCAGAAUCGAGUAUGUGCACACAAAAAACUUCAUCCACAGAGAUAUCAAGCCAGACAACUUUUUAAUGGGUAUUGGCCGUCACUGUAAUAAGUUGUUCCUCAUCGAUUUUGGUCUGGCCAAGAAAUACAGAGACAACAGGACACGACAGCACAUACCCUACAGAGAAGACAAAAACCUCACAGGCACAGCUCGCUAUGCCAGCAUCAACGCACACUUGGGCAUCGAGCAGAGUCGUCGAGAUGACAUGGAGUCGCUAGGAUAUGUCCUGAUGUACUUCAACAGAACCAGCCUGCCUUGGCAGGGACUGAAGGCUGCCACAAAGAAACAGAAAUAUGAGAAGAUUAGUGAGAAAAAGAUGUCGACCCCUGUUGAGGUGUUGUGUAAGGGUUUCCCAGCAGAGUUUGCCAUGUACCUGAACUACUGUCGUGGGUUGCGGUUUGAAGAGGCGCCUGACUACAUGUACCUGCGUCAGCUUUUCCGCAUUCUUUUCAGGACUCUGAACCACCAGUAUGACUACACAUUUGACUGGACCAUGCUGAAGCAGAAAGCAGCACAGCAAGCGGCCUCCUCAGGGGGACAGGGGCAACAGGCACAAACCCCCACAGGUUUCUAAGCAUUAAGACAAUGUAAUGAAGCAGAGCAGAGUGGUCGUAGCAGGAUUUGCCUUCCAAUCACACCCCGGCAUCUAGGAUCAAAUUCACCAGAACCUGCCAGGCACUGUGGGCAACCUUUUUCCUGUUAAAGAACUUUCGUUCCAUAUACUAUAUAUGUAAUCGGUAUAUAUAGAUAAGAUGCUCCGCAUAUAUCUAUAUAUUGGUAUGUAUAUACUAUAUCCACACACAGAAGCAGGCUUGGUUUGGAGUUGGAAGCUGUAGCCUUUUCUAUUGUCCUGUCCCUUAAGACUUUUCGCCCCCUCCUUCUUUGAAACGGAAAACUGUAGAAAAUGGGGAUGUAAUUGCGCACAUGCCAAUGUUUUUCCCGAGUUUUCUCCAUCAGGAAAUCUGUUUGGGGUCCUUCCUGAAUUCUUGGUUGCCCAUCAGAGCAGUUUUGGCCCCCUUUUCCCCCUUGUCAUCGUCACAGAGUGUGGCACGAACCCAGACACUCUUCAGAAUGGAGACAUCCGAGACACAUUUUCAUCCUUUAAUUUUUUUAUUCUUCUUCCUUUCUUCAAACAAAGUGAAACAUCUGAGAUUAAACCUGAUUUUGUUUUUCGUUCUUUCUUUUUCUUUUGGUUUUGUUCCAAGUGUAUCCAAAUAAUUAAAAAGGCAAACAUUGGGUUUUGUUCUUUUUUUCUAAAAAGGUAAUUACGAUUCUGCCUGCUGAUAUGUGCUAGAGAGCUUCUAAUGUGAAGAUUAAAAACAUUCUAGUGACUACUAGGUUUCUCUUUAGAGCGCUGCAUUAACUAUAUUGUACUUGGUAUUCUGAAGUCUAAAAAAAAUAAAAUAAAUAAAAGAGUAAACUCC